AAAUGUGUGGACAUUAUGUCGUGUUUUGCGAGAAAUCUAUUGAUUAAAGAAAUGAUACGAAAGAAGAGGUUAUUAUUAUUGACACAAAAGUGUCGCACGUUUUGCACGAAAACUGGUGCCGAAAGGAGCGGCGAUGCGGCCGAAGACGUGGAUGUGAUAUACGUGUCGAAGACGGGCGAGAGGACGGCCGUGAAGGGAAGGGUGGGUCAGAACGCCAUGUAUUUGGCUCACGACAGCGGUGUGGAGAUCGAGGGCGCGUGCGAGGCCUCCCUGGCCUGCUGUACGUGUCAUGUCUAUGUCAACCAACCCUUCUAUGACAGACUCCCGGAGCCCAAGGAGGAAGAGGAAGACAUGUUAGAUAUGGCGCCCUUCCUGAAGGUCAACUCCAGACUAAGCUGUCAAAUAACACUUACCAAAGAGUUGUCUGGCAUUGAGCUGACACUUCCAGCGGCCACAAGAAAUUUCUACGUCGACGGCAAGAAACCAACCCCUCAUUGAUUGCGGACAUCGACGACAAGAUGUUGUCGAUAAUUAGCCAUAAAUUGCGGACAAAUGUAUGAAUUAUAUAUGGGUUUGAAUGGCUCGUCAAGUGGUUGCCACCAAUUGGUCAC